GGCCCCAGAGGGUAAGGUCCGUGUCCUGUGCAUCUGGGGGACCGUUGACACCGCUCCGCGGGGAGCCGCCGAAUUUCAUGCUGCAGCCUACUCUCUUAUAUUGAGCUGGACCUGAAGAAAAACAAUUGAACUGAUAUGACAUCUAGAAGAAAGGACAUUCAGAGUAUCUCUAGUCUGUAUCAAGUAGAGAGAAUUACCUAAUCACUAUCCAGUCUCCUUGACAUAUGGCUGAAGUAGUGCUCCCAGUUUUACAAACCUGAAGUGUUUUCUAAUGAAAGCAGAAGAAGAUUGUGAAUAUUGAAUAUGCAAGGAAGUGAAGAGAGAGAGAUUGGAAGAGAGACUUAUCCAGGUUGGGUGAACAAGCCUGCUUCAGAGCAGGAUGUCUCUGAAAUUGACUCACCAGAGAUAGUAGCAAAGAGAUUCCAUGAUGGUGAAUACCAGGAUUCUACAUUUGAAGAAAAAUAUGCGUGUGAGGACAUGAAGGAAAACCCUCCUGGAGAGGUUCCUGGACCAUGCCUUUUCCAAGAAGGAGGUUUUGGGGAAAUAACUUUCAUCCACAAGGAAGAACCCCCUGAAAUGAUUAGUCAACAAUAUAAUUUUGAGAAAAGCUUGCUUUUGACCUCAAACCUUGUUACACAUCUCAGAGUUUCUACAGAAGAGAGCCUGCAUCAGUGGGAAACAAGUAACAUACACACUAAUGAGAUUUCUGACCAAAGUAAAUGUCCACCUCUCUCCUUACAGGAAAAGUCUUGGAAAUGUAACGAAUGUGGAAAAACCUUUACUCGGAGCUCAAACCUUACCCAACAUCAGAGAACUCAUACUGGAGAGAGACCCUAUUCAUGUGAGGAAUGUGGCAAAGCCUUUAGUCGUAGCUCAUUUCUUGUUCAACAUCAAAGAAUUCACACUGGAGUGAAACCAUAUGGAUGUGAGCAGUGUGGGAAAACAUUUCGAUGUCGGUCAUUUCUUACUCAGCAUCAGAGAACCCACACUGGAGAGAAACCUUAUAAAUGUAACGAAUGUGGGAAUUCCUUCCGCAAUCACUCACAUCUCUCUGAACAUCAGAGAAUUCACACUGGAGAGAAACCUUAUAAAUGUAAUAGAUGUGGGAAAGCAUUCAAUCAGAACACACACCUUAUUCAUCAUCAGAGAAUUCACACAGGUGAGAAGCCUUAUUUAUGCAAUGAAUGUGGCUCUUCUUUUCGCAAACACUCAAAUCUUACACAACACCAGAGAAUUCACACUGGGGAAAAACCCCAUAAGUGUGAUGAAUGUGGGAAAACUUUCCAAACAAAGGCAAAUCUCUCUCAGCAUCAGAGAAUUCAUACUGGAGAAAAGCCCUAUAAAUGUAGGGUAUGUGGUAAAGCCUUUUGUCAGAGCCCAUCUCUUAUUAAACACCAGCGAAUUCAUACUGGAGAAAAACCCUAUAAAUGUAAGGAAUGUGGCAAAGCUUUUACUCAGAGCACCCCGCUCACUAAACAUCAGCGAAUCCAUACAGGAGAGAGACCCUACAAAUGUGGUGAAUGUGGUAAAGCCUUCAUUCAGAGCAUUUGUCUUAUUCGGCACCAGAGAAGUCACACUGGAGAAAAACCCUAUAAAUGCAAUGAAUGUGGAAAGGGCUUUAAUCAAAAUACCUGCCUCACUCAGCAUAUGAGAAUUCAUACUGGAGAGAAGCCCUAUAAAUGUAAAGAAUGUGGGAGAGCCUUUGCUUAUAGCUCGUCUCUUACUGAACAUCACAGAACUCACACUGGGGAGAAGCUGUAUAAAUGUAGUGAAUGUGAGAAAACCUUCCGCAAGUAUGCACACCUUAGUGACCAUUACAGAAUUCACACUGGUGAGAAACCUUAUGAAUGCAUUGAAUGUGGAAAAUUCUUCAGACAUAGUUCAGUCCUUUUCAGACACCAGAAACUUCACAGUGGUGAAUAGUCCUGGCAUUUAGGUUAUGCCAGUUUCUGUAGGGAGAGUGACUAGGAGUCAGUCUGGGAGGUGAAGGGCAGGUAGAGUUCCUGGAGGGAAGAUUGAAGGAGCCUUGGCUACCUUACUCUGAGAAAAGUAUUUCCAGAAAUGGAGGUGGGGGCUUAAGGAAUGCAGAGCCUACUCCAGGUGGAGAUAUGAGAACACAGGGUAGAAAGGAAAUUCCUGCUUUUCAGAUAAAGCCUGCAGGUUGCAACUCCUCCUUCCCUAUGUGACUCUUACACCUUGAGGCAUUUGUUAAGGUAGCACUUGUGUUUCCUUUACUAUACCUCUACCCCACCUUCCAACCUUGUCACCCAUGUUCACUGGCCAGUAGGUAGAGGUGCUUUUCCAGACACUGCCUGUCAGUUUGGAAGUGGCAACAGUUUUGAUGUAAUGCUAAGUUUAAGUUUGGGGCAGCUAUCACCAUGCUAUCAUGGGGGAGGCCCCUAACUGUGGAAGUGGUCCCUUGAAAGAGAGACAGAAACAAGUGAAAAAGAAUCUGUAAUCAUUCAACAAGUAAGGAAAUGUGGUAAGAACUGGGUUGAUCUCCACAGAUGUGCCAGUGAAUAAGACUUUUAUCAGGGUGAGGCAGAUCUUUCCUGAUCCUUUCAAGCUGUUGGGUGACUUAGGGCUAAGAAGGAAAUGGGAGGUCAAGAGAGACUUCAGUGAUGCUGGUUUGUAGGAAGGCAGUCAGAUCUGUUCAGAGACCCAGGGAGCGGAAGACCCAAUCUCUGUCCCAGAAGAAUAAUGGCUUAUACAGGAAAUAAAUGGUUUGUACUAGACUAUUGGUGAUUAGAGGCCUCAGAACAGGAAGGCUGCAUGUUACUGAGCAGGCCACCUACAAAAUCCUGCCCUGUGCUAAGGUGUACACCUGUCUCUUGUAAAUUUGACUGAGCCACUGGUUUACAGGGAAUAGGGGAGAGGGAUCUACUGGGACUAACAGUGUCCUAACAAAAUGGGACUUAGUUUGUUGGCCUUUAGGGGAAAGCAUU